AAAAAUGGCUUCAAACUCAUCUAAAUUCAGCCCCCUUAUCCUUUUCCUCCUCUGCCUAUUGGCCACCACAAUCUCCGCGGCUAGUCGUGGCGGCAUCGCCAUCUACUGGGGCCAAAACGGCAACGAGGGAACGUUAGCCGCAACAUGCGCAACGGGAAAAUUCCCCUAUGUUAACCUUGCAUUCCUUAAUGUAUUUGGUAACGGUUCAAACCCCGAACUUAACCUAGCAGGCCAUUGCGACCCAGCCUCUGGAGGCUGUGUCUCAUUGUCCACCGACAUCCGUAGUUGUCAAAAACAAGGGGUUAAGCUCAUGUUAGCCAUUGGUGGUGGCAUCGGAAGAUACUCCCUAUCUUCACAACUAGAUGCCAGAAACGUUUCCAUAUAUUUAUGGAACGCUUUCUUAGGGGGCAAAUCAUCAUCAGUAUUUCGCCCCCUGGGUGAUGCCGCAUUAGACGGCAUUGAUUUUGAUAUCGAACUAGGAUCAUCACAGUUUUAUGAUGACCUAGUUCGAUAUCUGAAAUCAUACUGUUCACCAAAACAAAAGGUUUAUAUAACCGGGGCCCCACAAUGCCCAUUUCCGGAUAGGCUAAUGGGGACCGCGUUAAAUACCGGGCUUUUUGAUUACGUUUGGGUUCAGUUUUAUAACAACCCUCCAUGCCAAUAUACUUCGGGUAACACUACAAAUUUGAUCAACUCAUGGAACCUUUGGAGUAGAUCAAUAAGGACUAAAAAGUUGUUUUUGGGGUUGCCGGCGGCUACCCAAGCCGCCGGAAGUGGGUUUAUUCCGGCGGAUGUGUUGACUUCUCAAAUUCUUCCGGUGAUUAAGAAGUCUCCAAAAUAUGGAGGUAUAAUGUUGUGGUCAAAAUUUUGGGAUGACCAAAGUGGAUAUAGCUCAUCAGUUGUAUCAGAGCUAUAACUCAAACUUUGAUCAUGUUGUUGUAACCUUUUUUUUUUAUUUUUUUUUUAUACUUGACAAAAACGAAAUAAAGCUUUUACUUUUCUUAAUUAUA